GAGAGAGAGAGAGAGAGAGAGAAAAGGAAAGCCCACACCGGACAGACUGCAGAGAGCUCACCGCCGCAACCGUCGAGGCUGCUGCCGUUUCUCCCGGAGCUCCGACCGGGCUUCGUGAAAUGUGCAUCACGCGGGAACUGAUUUGUCAUUCGACGAAGAGUGCCGCUGGAAAAGGAGUGGUCGGGCACGCGGAUCGCCGUGCGCAUUGAACGCGAGCGCAGCCUCACGUGCGGUCGAUCCACCCCCCCCCCUCCCUCCCCACCACCCGAAGUUUGUGUGCGCAGCGACCGAUGCAUCGCAUCUGAUCGCCGCCGAGGGGAGAGGACCGCGCACGGGCACGAACGCUGCAUCGUCGUGGCCCUCCGGAGAGACGCUGAUUCUCCACCCCCCCCCCCCCCCCCCCCCGGCCGAGGAUCGCGCAAUCCGCCGUGCACCCAAACAUGUCAUCUCACGGGAAAGUCAAGAAGGACAAAGAGAUCAUCGCCGAGUAUGAGACCCAAGUGAAAGAGAUCCGUAACCAGCUGGUGGAGCAGUUCCGUUGUCUGGAGCAGCAGUCGGAGUCCCGGCUGCAGCUGCUGCAGGACCUGCAAGAGUUCUUCCGUCGAAAGGCCGAGCUCCAGCUGGAGUACUCCAGAGGCCUGGACAAACUGGCCGAGCGCUUCUCUGGUAAAAUACGGACCUCCAGAGAGCACCAUCACUUCAAAAAGGACCAGAAUCUGGUGUCCACUGUGAACUGCUGGUAUUUGGUGUUGGACCAGACCAGGCGGGAGAGCAGAGACCACGCUACGCUCAGCGACAUCUACAACAACAACGUCAUUGUCCGUCUGGCACACGUGGGCGAGGAUGUCAUCAGACUCUUUAAAAAGAGCAAGGACAUCGGGGUGCAGAUGCACGAGGAGUUGGUGAAAGUCACCAACGAGCUCUACACUGUGAUGAAGACGUACCACAUGUACCACACUGAGAGUCUCAGUGCAGAGAGCAAGCUGAAGGAGGCCGAGAAACAGGAAGAGAAGCACAUCGGCAAAGCCAAUGACAUCGGUUCCAGUCUGCUGCGUUAUGGACACGAUGAACGUCCACAGCGCCGGAGCUCAGUCAAGAAGAUGGAGAAAAUGAAGGAGAAGAGACAAGCCAAGUAUUCUGAAAACAAGCUGAAAUGCACAAAGGCCCGGAACGACUAUCUUCUCAACCUGGCAGCUACCAAUGCCCUGGUGGCCAAGUACUACAUCCAUGAUGUAUCAGACUUGAUAGAUUGUUGUGACUUAGGUUUCCAUGCAAGCUUGGCUCGCACUUUGAGAACCUACCUGUCGGCAGAGUAUAGUCUGGAGACCUCUCGCCACGAGGGUUUGGACCUGCUGGAGGGAGCCGUGGAUGCCAUGGACACCAGAGGAGACAAGCUGAAGUGCAUGGAUGCACACAGCCAGAUCUUCUGCCCUCCAGCACGCUUUGACUGUCAGCCACACAUGGGGGAUGAGGUGUGCCAGGUGAGCGCACAGCAGCCUGUCCAGACAGAGCUCCUGAUGCGCUACCACCAGCUGCAGUCUCGCCUGGCCACGCUGAGGAUAGAGAAUGAGGAGGUGAGGAAGACUCUCGAUGCCACCAUGCAGACCCUUCAGGACAUGCUCACAGUGGAGGACUUCGACGUCUCGGAGGCCUUCCAGCACAGCCAAUCCACGGAGUCAGUCAAAUCGGCUUCCUCUGACUCCUACAUGAGCAAGGCGAACCUUGCGAAGAGACGAGCCAAUCAGCAAGAGACGGAGGGCUUCUACUUCACCAAAUACAAGGAGUACUUGAAUGGCAGCAAUCUUAUCAUCAAACUGCAGGCAAAGCAUGACCUCCUGAAGCAGACGCUAGGAGAAGGGGAGAGGGCUGAAUAUGGAACAACAAGGCCCCCCACUCUCCCCCCUAAACCCCAGAGAAUGCGGAAGUGUAAACCUCGCUCCGUUUUUUACCGUAAGCUGUUUAACGGCAACAUGGAGGCCUCCAUUCAGGACUCAGGGCAGCCGAUUCCAGUGGUAGUUGAGAGCUGCGUUCGAUACAUCAACCUGUAUGGUCUCCAGCAGCAAGGUAUAUUUCGAGUUCCUGGCUCCCACGUCGAAGUCAACGAUAUUAAAAAUGCAUUUGAAAGAGGAGAGGAUCCACUGGUGGACGAUCAGUCCGAUCAUGACAUCAACUCUGUGGCAGGUGUCCUUAAGCUCUACUUCAGGGGGCUGGAAAACCCCCUGUUCCCUAAAGAGCGUUUUCUCGACCUCAUAUCCACGACCAAGCUUGACUCAGGCGCAGAAAGGGCUCAUCACCUUCAGCAGAUAAUUGUGACUCUCCAGCGGUCCGUGAUCAUCGUCAUGAGAUACCUGUUUGCUUUUCUAAAUCAUGUGUCUCAGUACAGCGACGAGAACAUGAUGGAUCCCUACAACCUGGCCAUUUGCUUCGGCCCCACAUUGAUGCCAAUACCAGAUGAACAGGACCCCGUGUCCUGCCAGGCACAUGUUAACGAGAUCAUUAAGACCGUCAUCAUCCACCACGAGGUCAUCUUCCCGAGCCAGCGGGAGCUGGACGGACCCGUGUACGAAAAGUGCAUGGCGGGUGGGGAAGAGUACUGUGAGAGCCCCCACAGUGAGCCAGGGACUCUCGACGAGGUAGACAAUGGCACCGGACCCAACACUAGCGAUGAAGAGUUGGAGCAGAUCGAGGCCAUCGCAAAGUUUGACUACGUGGGCCGAAGUCCGAGAGAGCUUUCCUUUAAGAAGGGAGCCUCUUUGUUGCUCUACCUGCGAGCCUCUGAGGACUGGUGGGAGGGCCGACAUAACGGCGUCGACGGUCUGAUUCCACAUCAGUACAUUGUGGUACAAGACAUGGAUGAUGCAUUCUCGGAUAGCAUUCAGAGGCCUGACAGUGCGAUCAGCAGUGGACCCCACCGCGAUGAGAGAGCCUCAUUGAGAAGUGACCGGCGGUCUCCAUGUGACCGCCAAUUGGGUGCAGCACUGGGAAGGAUGAGGGUGCGAUCGGAUGGAGCUGCAGGUCCACACCACAGGAACGGCGCUGACGGUCACAGCCCCCCCAGAGCUGCAGACCAGCCCCCUAGGGUCAUGCCUCGGCCCUGCAGCCCACACAAACUGGCGGCUGGCAGGGGCCCAGCGGACAGUCCGGAGAAGCGACGUCUCGCCGCGUUCUCGGAGAGAAGGGCCCUCGUGGACGGUCACUCUCAACGAUCUUCACCCAGCACCACCCGGCACGCCAGUCUAGGGGAUCACAAAACCCUUGAAGCCGAAGCACUCGCUGAGGACAUAGAGAAAACCAUGAACACAGCGCUCCAUGAGUUGCGUGAGCUGGAGCGACAGAACGUAGCCAAACACGCCCCAGAUGUUGUUUUGGACACAUUGGAGCCCCUGAAACACACCGCCGGAGCCCAGGACCCGCCGGGCAGCCCCCUCCACACCAUGGUGAUCAGGGACCCAGAUGCCGCCCAGCGACGCAGCAGCAGCAGCUCCUCCGAGACCAUGAGCACUUUCAAACCUGCUAUCUCCGUACGUCGACCCAGUGCGCCUCUCAGGCCCCCGCCCGUCAGACCGGUCCGGCCCGCCCCCGUGAUUGGGCCGGGCCAGGGGCCACACCGCUCCAGCAGCUCCAGUUCCUCCGGCCUGAGCAGCCCGGGCAUCACGCCCACCGACAGGGUCUUCCCCAAACCGCCCUCCCCAUCUCCAUCCACCUCCUCCUCGUGCUCAGACAGGCAAGGUAACAUGUAGCUCCGGUCAGUCACAUGACCAGUGGUUGGAGAACGCUGGAGAACCAACUGAUAGUGAUUUCCUUCAUGUCCCUGCACCUCUUCUUGACCACAAAAUAAACAACAACACCUGGUUUGUAUAAUCUUCUAAAGUGCAGGACGGCUUCUUCUUGCGUCUGGCCACUUUGCUCCAGCACACUAACUCGUCGAUGUCUAUGUACUGCAUUACAAUAUCACAGAGAAACAGAAUAUAUAUCUACUAGAAUCUUUUUAUAAAAUGCUACCGUGCUAAACAGCCAUGCUGGAUGAAAAAGGGACGCACUGGAAAAUGCCUGUUUACGGAAAUCUGACAAUGAAAAUCUUUUGUGAUCAGGUCACAAAAUGCUGUGAGCUUGGAUUUUGUGUCUGGUGUUCUGUUCCGUUAUGAGGGAACACUUACGGUCAUAUUACACCACUAAUUAUCUAGACAUCUAGUGUGUGCUGCUGGUAGAUAUAGUCAAUUAAAACUAAACAACUCUUGGGCACCGUUUUUAUUGUGAGCCUGUCACACACUGCCAAUAUAUACCGACCGGCAACUAUAGGUUUUCAGUGACUGGUAGAUGUGCCAGCUGUGUCUGAAAUCCCUCUCUAUUCACUACGUCGACCACUAUAUUAACCGUUCCCCAUUUUACUUCAGUGUCUGAAUUCUGCGUGGGGAAUUUGAAUCUACUGUAAAUAGUCCCCUUUAAAAAAAUUGAUUUAAUCGAAUGUAACAAAUUUGCAUUCAAGCCAGCAAACCAGUGCGUAACUUUUCAGACGCAGAAAUGAUAGUUUUACGCUACACCUUUUAGUUCAUUCCAUAGGGAGAUGUGAGCGAGGAUGAUUUCAGGCACAGCCAUGGGUGACUUGUAAAACCCAGGUGAAAUCCGAUUAUGUAUGUAGUUCUUCGAAUGGCCACAUAGAUGGUGUUCGAGCCACUAUUUGGAAACUAAAAUUACAACGGAAGUAUGGUAUACUGUCACUGGGAUUUACUUUUUCUACUAAAUAAUUUGAGAAGAAUAUAAUAUUUUAAAGAUACCACAUCAUAUUUACAACCAGUCUGAGCAGCAGAGGCAGUGGUGGCGUCACCAGCCAGUAGCACUGAUACGGGCCAGGUUGACUGGUACCAGUACAGCACCACUAACAGAAACAACCUGAGACUCAGCGUCUCCUUGUAGCAGCGUCUCAGCGGUGGAAAAGGGGCCGACACAAACUCUUUGUGACUCUGAUAUCCGAUAUUAAUUGCUGCAUGGAAGUUGUUUCAAAAUGUAGAUUUAAGGAAACAAAAUGUACCCUUUUUUUAAGAACUAUAUUUGUCAUUGACCUAAGAACGGGUCAGAGAAGGAGACCAAGCUGCUGGACAACACCGUUGCACAGACGACAUUGACAGCUGUUGUGAACUUUGUAGACAAGCCACCCUUAUAACCAAUACACAUGAAUAAAUAAUACAAUCAACAAAAUGUUCUUAUCAAAAUAAAGUAAUAUCUCUAUAUAAAAUAUUAGUGUGUUGUCUCAAUAGAAAAAGGUGACAUGUUCUCCUGCAAUUCGAGUGAACGUUGCACUUACAAACACUACAGGGAACUCUGCUGUAUUUGUAGGAUGUGUUUGUUCAUUUUGAUGGUGUUGUACUAGAAACAUGAUAAAACACAUCAGUAUCAUUGAAACUUACAUAAUGUCUAGAUUUGCAUUUGGUCAGUACAGGCUAUAUGGGUGUUUAGGCUAAUUUGUUUACCGUUAAUGUUUUCCGUCCGUCUUAAAAAGAUGAUCAAUAUAUCUUGAAGUGUAAAAGGUUAAUUUGAUCGAAUAUAUACAUAUUGUUAAAGGAUACUUGUAUAAAUAACAUUGUAUGAUAGGAACAGGAAAUAUCAUGUCUAGCCUGUAGAUUUUUGUUACUCUUAUCCCUGCACAAACAUUAACAAAACAAUAAAUCAGUGAAACCUCA